AUGUCAACCAACGACACCUUCAUCCCGACGUACGAGACGUGCAAGGAGGUCACGGACGAGUGCCCCGUCGAGUUCACGGUGUACGGGACCGACCUCUCCAAGCCGGCGGCGACCUUCUUCGGCAUCGCCUUUGGCUUCCUGCUCGUCCUCCAGCUGUACUUCGGCAUCCGCUCGCGGACCUGGUCCUUCAUCAUCUGGCUCGGCAUCGGCACCAUCUUCGAGGUGUUGGGCUACUGGGCGCGCACCAAGCUCGCCGAGAACCCGUGGGACCUCGACGCCUUCGCGCAGCAGUACCUCACGCUGCUGCUGGCGCCGACGCUCAUCUCCGCCGCCAUCUCCGUCACGUUCAAGCACCUCGUUAUCUGGUACGGCGCGCAGUGGUCCGUCCUGCGGCCGUCGCUGUACCCCUGGGUCUUUGUCGGCACCGACUUCCUCUCCAUCAUCAUCCAGGUCGCCGGCGGCGCCAUCACGGCGGCCAACGCGUCCGGGUCGAGCAGCGAGUCCAUGGCCAAGGUGGGCGAGAAGCUUGUCGUCGGCGGCGUGGCGUUCCAGGUGGCCAACAUGGUCUGCUGCGGGCUGCUCAUGCUCGUCUACAUCGUGCGGCGCAGGUCCGGGCUCGCGAGGGGCGACCGCCCGCACGAGGACGCCCACCUGAUCAACGGCGACGGGCAGUCCCUGUCGCGGGCCUCGGCGACGGAAGAGGAGGCCGGGCGCGUGCGCAAGUUCGUGUAUGCCCUCGUCUUGGCGUAUAUUGCCAUCUUGGUCCGUUGCUCUUACCGAAUCGCCGAGAAUAUCCCCGCCAUCUCCCUGGACAUCCUACGCAACGAGCCGCUGUUCCUGGGCCUCGACAGCGCGAUGAUCAUGAUCGCCGUCGGUGCCGUCACCGUCUUCCACCCGUUCAUCUUCUUCCCUUUCUUGAAGGAGUCGAAGCACAUGAAGAAGCGGAGCAAGCACCAAGGGGACUACCGAAUGCAGGACAUGUCAUGA